GCCCCGGCGCGCGCUCCUCGGCACCCACAAGGGCGUUCAGCAGCGCGCCUCCCCUGCCCGCUGCCCCCCUCCUCCUCCGGCUGCUGCAGGCGAGGACACGUCAGGGGACAUAAAUAAAUAAAUAAUUCCAUUCACCGGGUGACAGCGAGGCGAACCGGCUGCGACUGGGCGGGGGAGGACCCAGAGCUGCAGCGCCCACCCUGUGCCAGAGAUCAGAUAAAGCUUCAUGGUCUUUGAGUGUAGACCAUUCAUCUGGGAAGCCAGAUUACUGGACAGGGCAGAGGUAAAAGCAGGAGCUCAGAAGUCUGGCCCGUCUGGGUUCUGAUCUCAGCUCUGCCACUUGAGCAUUAAGGGAGUUAGUCUUAAGAUGUGAUGCUCUUUUUUUGUGAAGACGUAGAUCAAGAAAUUGUGGGAAACCAAGAACUCUAAGACUCUGAGCCAAUAGAGCUACUCUAUAACGCAGAGCCUGUCUACCUCUCUUUCUUUGCUUUGCCUUCAAAUAUUGCACUUCAGCACAAAGCGACUAGGCUAAAAGAUUCCACAAAAAACCCAAAGAAAUCUAUUCAAGAGGUCAUCUAUCAACAGGUUACUUGAAUUUGAAAUACAGGAACGAAAUGCCACCAAUGCCAAGUUCCCCACCUUUAUACCCACCUCCUGAUGGAGGAUGGGGCUGGGUUGUGGUUGGAGCAUCUUUUAUCUCCAUUGGAUUUUCAUAUGCAUUCCCCAAAGCCGUCACAGUAUUCUUCAAAGAAAUUCAGCAAAUAUUCCACACCACGUACAGUGAAAUAGCAUGGAUAUCAUCCAUUAUGCUGGCUGUUAUGUAUGCAGGAGGUCCCAUCAGCAGUGUUUUGGUGAAUAAAUAUGGCAGCCGGCCAGUGGUGAUAGUAGGAGGCUUACUCUGCUGUUUGGGAAUGGUGUUGGCCUCUUUCAGUUCCAGUGUAGUAGAGCUUUACCUCACUGUGGGCUUCAUUGGAGGUUUAGGUUUAGCCUUCAACCUGCAACCAGCCUUAACAAUAAUUGGCAAGUACUUCUAUAAGAAACGACCCAUAGCGAAUGGAUUGGCCAUGGCAGGGAGUCCUGUUUUCUUAAGUACAUUGGCCCCUUUCAAUCAGUUCCUUUUUAAUAGUUAUGGCUGGAAAGGAAGCUUCUUGAUUUUAGGAGGUAUAUUUUUGAAUGCCUGCGUGGCUGGGGCCCUCAUGAGACCCCUUGGCCCCAAACAAACUACUCAGUCGAAAAAUAAGAUCAGCAUAAGAGCAGAAGAUACAGAAUCAAAGAAAAUCCAACAGAAGAAAUCGACAUGGAACAAAAUUAACAAAUAUUUAGAUUUCUCCCUUUUUAAGCACAGAGGAUUUCUGAUCUAUCUAUCUGGAAACGUCAUCAUGUUUCUGGGUUUUUUUGCCCCUAUCAUCUUCCUGGCUCCGUAUGCUAAGGACAGGGGAAUAGAUGAGUAUUCCGCAGCUUUCUUGUUGUCUGUUAUGGCUUUUGUUGAUAUGUUUGCCAGGCCUUGUGGAGGAUUAAUUGCAAACUCCAAACUUAUCCGUCCCCGAAUCCAGUACUUCUUCAGUUUUGCGGUCAUGUUUACUGGAAUCUGUCAUCUCUUGUGCCCCCUGGCACAGAGCUACACGAGCCUGGUGGUAUAUGCUGUAUUUUUUGGCUAUGGAUUUGGGAGUGUUAGCAGCGUCCUCUUUGAAACUCUCAUGGACCUUGUUGGAGCUCCAAGGUUUUCCAGUGCAGUGGGACUCGUCACCGUGGUAGAGUGUGGUCCCGUUCUUCUUGGCCCUCCUAUUGCUGGUAAAUUGGUGGAUAUAACUGGAGAUUAUAAAUACAUGUACUUAGCCAGUGGGGCUAUUGUGGUAGCCUCAAGUAUAUGGCUGCUCAUUGGUAAUGCUAUAAACUAUAGAUUGCUUGCAAAGGAAAGGAAGAAGGAAGAGGCAAUGAAGAAGCAAAUGAACACAGAGGAGUUCAGAGAAUCGGAACCCUUGAGCAAUGCUAAACAGGAUGAAGUUACUGUCAAAAUGCCAAAAGGAGAGAGUGCGCCCUCAGAAAGAGAAACUAAUAUUUAACAAGAAUCACGCCUCUGACUUCAGUAUUCAUGAAUUUACUUAGAAGUUUGCUUCUGUUUUGCAAAAUAUUAAAAAGGUUUUUAGUUGAAACAGGCAGCCACAGAUAAGAAUGGAAAUGAGAUUUUACUCGAUGGCAAAUUGUAAACUAGUUCCUAAAAAUUUGUUUGGAUAGUUAAAUUUUGAGGUUAUGCAUACAAAGAAUCCAUGCAACGAGUUUAUUUCCAUACUCAACUCAGAAUGUGGUGGUUGAAAUACAAAUUUUAAAGUCUUCCAGGCAGGGACUUCUAGUGUCCAUUAUAGAAUGAGAUCUAAAUCUCAAACCCUGAUAUAAUUACUUAAAAAGAGAAUCCCAUAAAAAAGCCCUCUUCUCUUCACAUUUCAUUUUUAUUUGAUAUUAAAGUUUAAAAUAGAGGAAAAAUUAUUUUUCUCCUCAUACAUACUCACACACAAACAGACGCACACAUACACACAUGUACAUAAACAUAUACACUCAUGUACAUACCCACUUGAACACAGAGUAUAUGGAGAACAAAAGAAAAUAAAUAAAUUUGAAAAGGAUAUUAUCGUAGUCACUUGUUCAUUUUUUAAAGUAAAAAAAAAGUCCAUGGAAACAAAAAGAAUGUAUAUUUGCAUACUGUUUUACAAUGUGGAUUUUAAAGAUAGGCACGUAGAUGAAAAGGAGGGUGGUCUUAAUUCAGAAAUGUAAGUGGCUGCUAUUUAAAAAAGCACUUCUGUGUAUAAAAUAAGUCUGAGAAAAAAAGAAAGACUCCAUUUUAUACCAUUACUUUUGGGCAUUCUUAGACUUGAUUGAUCCACACCCAGGAUUUCUUUGAAGGGGUUUCACUAGUGCCUGGUGCUAGAGAAUAGAGCCCUCAAAUAAUUUUCAGAAUUCUUACUUAAUAUGUAAGUCAAACUAAAGAUCUGAAUGACAACUAGCAAUGAGCUACAUCCAUUAAUCUUAACAGGAUUUUAGUUUUUAAUCCACAAAUUAAGAACCUGGGAUUUCUUUUAACUAGGCCUCAAUUUAGUUUCACCAUCAUACUGAAAUAUCAAAGAAGAAUGAAUCUGAAUCCUAGCUGAUAAGUUCAUAAACAGACCGAAUCCUAAUUUUUUCCAAUCCUUAGCAGUGAUCUAAGGUUCCUGUUAUGCGCAAUCCAUGUAGUAUAGCUAACUAAGAUUGUGAGGUCAUUUUAUUGAGCCUUCUAAACUCCCUUCUAAACUUCCUCCCUUCCAAAACAAACAAACAAAAAAACAAAAGCAAGAUCAAAGCACAAACAGGUCUUUUCCUCAGCCACUGAAAAUGGCUAUAGGAAUGGUAGCUCUUGAAAAUUUUGCCCUCUUACUUAUUACACUAUGCUGCCUGUGACUCUAAGCAGGAAACUAUUAAAAAAAAAAAAAAAAAGCCCUAGAAGUAUAGACUGUGUGGCUUGGAAUUGUGAGUGUGGUUAAUACAUGAUGGCAAGAACCUUGGCAGAUUGCAGCCCAGGUUAACUCAGCAGUUUGUCAUUUUCCUGUGUGAAAACAUCUGAGAGUCUAAAUUUCUCUUUAAUACAGGCACAUUUGAUAGUUCUGUGCUUUCAAAACUACAAAUAUCAUAGCUAAAAUGAUAAAUAUUUACACCUACAAAUCUAAAGAUUAAUAUUCUGAUUAAUAAAAAGCAUUUAUAAUAUUAUUAUUGAAGUGAUGUCACCCUUCAUAUGUCCAAAAAACUUUGUUUUUCUUUUUCUUUUUUUUUUUUUAUUGCAGUAGAGGCAGGUGCUAUUCUUAUUUCUAAUGAGACUGUACCUGGACACCAUGCUUUUGUAAGAGUUCACAUUAAAGAUUUGAUCUUUAAAAUUUUUGCAUUCUUUAAGCAUGUGGCUCAUAUUUAGGGAGUGAUAUAAAUUUUUUUUUUCAUUUCAGAUUUGCUUUUUUGCAUAUGAUAGGAUGUUUAUAUUUUUCAAAUAUUGAAUAAAACAAGAUGUGCCAAGAUCAUAGAUAAAUAAAUGAAGAAAAAUGUGACAUUAUAUGGCUGUUUUUCAUUAGUUUCACUCAAUCUUGAUUCUCAAAUUAACUAGUUUUAUAUUAUUAGUGCUUUUGUAUUCAAUUCUAACUCAUCCUAUGAAAUGCAACAUGGUUGCUGUGUAGUAUUUCUCCAGUUAUAAACACUUCCGUAAAAAUACCUUGCAUUCUCUGAAAAUACACAUCUAAACUAAUACAGGUAUCAGACUCCAGGAAGGAAUAAUUAACAAAGUAAUGAUCUUGGAGUUUUGGUUCUUAAAACCAUAUCCUUAUCACGGGCUAGUAGAGACUUUCUGUGGGGUGCAUUCCAUUGCCUUCUCCGUGGGAAGAGGUUUAUUUGCCAACUGAAGAGUCAAGUCAAACCAAUUUAUACUUGCUUUGCUGCUCUUUGGUUGCCUUCCAUUAUCUCUUCAUUUUUAACAUUGAUUAUAUUAAUUUUUUAGGGGAAAAAAAGGAAGAAAAUUUGCAGAUUCAAAGUAUGAUGUCAUAUAUAGAGUCAUGCCUGAGAGUGCACAGUCAUAAAGUCAUAAAAAUACAUGCAUAUUACCCCGAAAAAUUAGUCCAGAACACACAUGAAACAUGAUAUAAAAACAUACUGGAUUAAGAAUUCUUUCGGCAUAUUAUAAGUCAUUCUACUUGUUCACUUUUAUUACUUCACCUCCAAUCAUUGGAAGAAUAAUUACAGAAUCAAAGAUUGAGCAAAGAAUAUUGGCCCAGAACUUUCAUUUAUUGCAUAGUCACACAAGUGGAGGAGUAAAUAUAUUUAGCCUCUGUGUCUGAAAAAUUAGUGCUGAACAUAUUUCUUUGCCUAAGUAACAAUAGAGUUUAUAUGUUCAAGAUAGAAAGCAAAGUCAAUUACUGCUAAAGUUCCUACUAGACUCUGUUGCCCACCAUGGAAUUUAUAGGAGGAUUGUCAUAAACCAGUGUACCAAAAUAAUUUAUGAUCACUGUCUAUUUUGCCAUUUGUGUUAACUUAGCAUCCCUUAUAUUUCAGUAUUUAUCCUUAAAUAUUUCUUCACAUUUUCUGACAGAUCAUCGGGUAUGGACUUGUCCUGACCUGUCCACAUCCUCUUUCCUAAUGCUUUUUAGGUCAACUUAAAAAAGAAGGGGCCAGGUUAUAGUAUAUUUCACAUGGGAAGACCUGAUUUUUUUCUCCGUAUUAAUUCAUAUGACUCAUUGAUUUCACUUGUUUGGUACCAGAUUCCAACUAAAUUAGUUCAUGGGCCCACAGGCUUCACCUGGACACCAGAAAAUAAGUGAAACACUUAGGUUUGAUAGGUCUAAACGUGCAUUUUAAAAUCCUGGCACUUUAUACACAUCAUUUUCUGCCUAUAAAAUGACAAGGGUAUUUAAAAGAGGAAAAGACACCAUAUAAAUAUUUUUUAUAUGGAUGCUAUAACCUUGAUAAAUUAGUUAAAACUUUUUUCAUCGAAAAUCUUUUUUUUUAAUCUUAUUGUGUAGAAUAUUUCAGACUUUUAAUAAAAUUAAAAUAAUAAAUGUAAGACUCAAUUUAAUUAGGGAGAAAGAAUACAAAGUGAGAAGGAAACUAAUAUUUAUGUAUCAUAUAUUUUGCUUAUAUAAUGCCUUUUAAUAUUCAAACCAAAGCCAUGGUAGAAGUAAUUAACGUGAUAUAAUUAAUGAGUGGAAACAGAAACAGACAUAAAAAGAAUCUCAGAAAAGUCCCCAAAGUUAAAAAGUAGUACAUGACCAAACCAAAAUUUAAACUCAGGUUUACCUAAAAGCAGAAAAGAGCCCCUCCCUGGGGUAUUCACUACCAUGUUGCUUCCAAAUAGAAACUACAGAGGCAAAAGUAGAUAAAGUAUAGAUACAAAAAUGUAAACAUUAUAUGGUAAACAAAUUAGAUUUUACUGAAAUUUGUAUUAUUUAUUCAGUGUUUAUUAGAGAAUAUGUUUGCUAUAAACUGAAUAUUAUUUCAAAUUGCUUGCUUUUUUUAGACAAUGAAAAUUAUCCCAAGUUAUGGUGAUGAUUAUGUAGUAGCCAUAAUUAUUUUAAAGUGACUUUUUUUCUCAUAAAAAUAGCAGCAUAUUUAUAUGACUCAAGCAUAAUAAAUUUUCCCUGAAGUUGGAUUUAGAAGGAGAAUGAUAUUUACUGUGGAUAAGGAAUUCCUAUACUGGCUGCUAUUUAUUAUAAUGUAAAAAGUGAAAACUACUUACUAUAAUAAAACAGUAUAUUUAGAAUUUUAGUGAUUAUCCCCAUUUGUAGGAUUAUCCAAAGCUGCCAUAAAAGGAGUUAAGAGAUUCAGAGUAUUUGAUUUAUCCUUAUAAUAUGUAUUUCUUUUCAUUGUUCAAUACUGCUUCCCCUGAACAUAUUACUUUUCAGGUUUCUCUGAACAUCUAUGUCAUCAUUCAUUUUUUAUCAUUGUUGCUUCAUCUUCUCCCUCUGGACUCUUGAAAUCCUGAGAAUGUGUUUCUCCUACCUCUAUUGAGGGAUGCACUUCUAAUGCACUGCUUUCUUUAUGACCUCAUGAUGAAUCCAUGAAUCCGGUCCUAUCUAUUUGUGAUUUGGAAAAUAGUUGUCCUGACGCCAACUGUAUAUACUUAUCUUUCCAAAUAAGGGAACUCCUGUGACUAUAGAUAUGAGGUUUCCUGGACAGUGAAUAAGCUUAUGUUCUAAGUGUUUUAUUAGUAUAGUUUUCCUUACGCACAAUAAAUAUAUAAUUGAAUGUGAUUUUAAAGAAUCUUUUAAAAAAAAAGUCUUCCUAUCCUUGGCACUUAUUAUCAUGAAUGUUUCUGUUUUUCUUGAAGUGCCUGACACUUUUAGAAACAAAGCUGACCAUCACAGCAUUGCUGUAUAUAUCAACCUGUAGGCUUUGGCAAUGCAGUAGUAUCACUGAUAAAACAUAUCAAGUAAAUUUCUUACCAUAGUAGUUUAUAAAACCAAACAUUAAAUUUAUGGAUAUGAAAAACUAAAAUUAAAAUCUUGACUUUCUCAUCUCACCUUUUUUCUUUUAAGAUUUUUGACCUCUGCAUAUCCAUAUGCAUGAUCAUGUUUGUGAAUCCACUGAAAAGCUCAGAAGCCCAAAUAUCAGUAUUUAACUAUAAUGUCUGUGUUAUUGAAAUCAUGUUCAUUUUUGUUGAUGCAAUUAAAAUGAGUAAUUUUCUGA